UUGUAUCUAAUCUACAUGCACCCUAUGUUCAACAACUAAUUCAAUCGCACGUAUGAAUUGAUAAUGCUAUAAUUUCAUGUUUUGCAAUGGAAUCUCCGCCAAAAGCAAGCAUAAAAAAAUGAGUUAAAAGUAACAAAAACAAAACUGCAGAAUUGUGCAGUCUUUAUGAUUAUACUUUCGUAUAGAUUUUAAUAUAUGGUUUUGAGUGUUUGUCUGAGUGGGUAUUUCUUUCUUUUUCAACGAUCGAUAUUCUUCUUUGUCGACAUUUUUAUCGGUUCUCUCAGUAUGAAAGAUGUUGAGAACAAACGGAGUCUUGGAUACAUUUUUUCCCUAUGACGUAAUCAACAAUGACUCAUUGGGGAAAUUUGCAUUGCACUAGUUUCCCCAAAGGAGAAUGGCUGAACGUGGGUGCAAGUGGGGAAAAAUGAACUAUAUAAUAGAAGACAUUAUUCUACAUAGGUAAAAGUUUGUAAAAUUGAAUAUAUUUAUUUUUAGAUAAAUAACUAUUACUACAGCAACAUUUAGUGUGAAUAACAUGCCGCAAACAUUGCAUCUAUCUCUCCGUUGCAUUAAUUACAAUGACUGUUUCGUAACAGCUGGCAGGGAUGGCUUAAUCCUCAAGAACUCGACUAAAGAAAGCGCACUGUGGACAGCUCAAUAUUGUUUUCCAUCAUGGACCCUAGUUCAUCAAGUGUCUUCCAUGUGUCUUACUUUCAAUAUGGAGAACAAGCUUAUCAGUAGCUCAGAAGAAAACGGGUCGCUGAAAGUUAAACACGGCGACCACCGAUUGCUCCUUCGGUUCUCAGUCAGUGCUUGUGGCGUUGUGGGCAAUAAGCUGAGCCUUGAGUUGCUUGCUGAGAAUGACCCCAAGGGUAAACCUUUCGCUAUCUUUUUCACUUGCGAAGGAUUCAAUCAAAUAUUUCCUCAUAUUGAUACUGACUUCUUCGACAGCCAUCCGACGCAUAAUAAGAUUAUUACCGACAUAAGUGACAAUCAAUAUGAUUACAUUGUGAUCGGUUCCUCGUUUUGCUCUUUGGCCUUCAUUGAACAAAUUUUACAAAAGAAUCCAAAAGCAAAAAUUCUUGUAUUGGAGAGAGGCUCAAUAUAUCUGUUUGAACAUCGCCAACAUUACUCCACUCCAUUACCUACUCCAGGAGAUUUGGAAUUAAAACCAUGGAGUAUCUCGCCUGAAACCAUAGAGAAUGAAUAUGUGCAAAAAGUUUGUGGGCAAAUACCAUUCCUUGGAGGUAGAUCUACGCAUUGGAGUGGCUGGAGUCCAACACCAUCGACCAAAGAACUAGCUGGAUGGCCAGAAGAUCUUAAGGUUCCACUACAAAAAACAUACUUUGGUCUAGCACAAAAAUUCCUUGGUGUUAUUGAAGCAAAUGAGAUAAAUGCAUUUGAGAAUGGUAAUUAUCUCUAUCGUACAUUUCAAUCUGGCUUAAAAUCAUGCUUGGAUAGUGCUGAUACUAUAGAAUCAGUUGACGAUAUUCGUCAUGCUCCACUUGCUAUGGGCAACGAUCGAUCCAUCAAAUUCUCCACAGUAGAAAGGCUACUAUUGAUGGAAAAUGUUACUGUGAUUUAUGAAUGUACAGCGGAAGAAAUUUUGCAUGAUGGAAAGAAAGCAACAGCUCUUCGAACAAGUCAAGGCACUAUCGAAAUUCCCAAUAACACCAAGCUGAUAUUAGCAAUGAGUACAUUGCCUGCUACUACACUUGUGCUUAACUCGUUCAAAACGACUGAAUUUCCUCAACUUUCUAAUGUUGGAAAGAGACUUACAGCUCAUUUUGUCAGCUCAGUAAUAGCUCGAGUACCUAGACAAAACUUAUCACUUCCAGACAAUGCUCCCGACGUUGAGCUGGGUGCAGUGUACAUUUCAGGCAUAACAGAUGGGGCACAAUACCAUCUUCAAUUAUCCGGAGUGGCCUAUACACAGUGUAAUGACGACAACAACAUUCAUGAUAUAUGCAAAAAAUAUUCAGCAAACUCCAUACCUAAAGAGUGUAUAGAUAGAUCCCGAGACGAUAUUGUGGUAUCUUGCUCAACAUUAGGAGAGCUGGAUUACAAGAAUAAGAGCAACCAGUUUAACUUGACCAACAACAACCAAAGCCUCACUACCAAUGGAGAACUAACGUUUCACCUUAAUGAUCAAGACAACCGAUUGUGGGACUUGAUGGACAGUGUAACAUUUGAGGUAAUGAAUACACUCUCGUGUUCCGCAAAUGGUGAUGAUCUGGAAUAUUGGCAUGAAACUGACAAAAAGUGGAAGAAAGAUCCUCCUCCAUCAGACCAAAUACGUAACAAGAAUCUUGUUCAUGAUGCUUCAACAAUGUGGAUAGGCGAUAAUGAAGACACUGAAGCACCAGUAGGUCUUGAUUACCGCCUCAAAGGUGUGAACAAUGUUUACCUUACUGGAGGAGCAUUGUGGCCAACUGGCGGAUCAUGGAACCCUGUUCUGACUAUUGUUGCUAUGGCAAUGCAUUUAGCCGAUACCAUGUAA